UUUUUAACAAUAUAUAGAUAACAAAAAAAAAAAAAUGAAAACCCUAAACCAACAAAACUGAACACCUCGAUAAAAAAAACAAAAACCAAAAUGCAGUCGCUUUACGUUUGUAUAAGAAAAUCGCAGUGAAGUCAACUCCCCGGAAAACUCAACCCAGUUUCUAAUUAGGUGCAAUGGAUUGGGCUUAUGUUCAUAAAACAUGGGAUAAGUGGGCUUCUACCAACAUUGGUUCUGGUCAUCCUUUAAAAGCUGCUUUGCUGAUCAAUUAUGACCCAACUGGACCAUCUCGCUUGUUAUCUACCAUUGCCGAACAAGAAGGAAUAAAAGUCGAUGUCAUUGAAUUGAGACAUUUUAUGGACUUUAUCAGACACAAUAAACUCCAGACAGAGAGCUUCGAAAUUGGGUCUAAUCAGUACUUGGUGACGUCAAUUCAUGAGAACUGGUUUGGUGCAAGGUGCAUAAACACAUCAAAGCCUGCUGGGGAAGGUGCAAUUGUUAUGCAGACAGCAGCAUAUAUUUUGGUUGCUAUAUACGAAGGUUCCAUUGGUCCGGCCUCUUGUGCUAUGGCAGCUGCUGAUCAGUUAACUGGGCAAUUAGGGCGAAAAAAUCUAUAGAAUGAUCCUACUCCUGAUCUUUAGCAUUAAAGGCUUUACUUUUUUUAGCUCCUCCGGUUUUUGUGCAUAUCGUAGCGGCCAAGCGUAUUGGUGAUGUUCUGACGGAGCUAUUGCAGAUAUGUUUCUCAUGUUUGUUGGUAUUUAUGCAGAUAAUUUGUUUAAAUUGUUUCCAACAUACCCACCGUUCCAUAGAGAAAGGCAAAUUGGAAGGGGCGGGAGAAUAUGUUAGUUCUGCUUCAUAUGAUCAAUUCCAUUAAUGGGUUACUUGUUUUUUCACUUAUAAAAUGAAUAGAAUUAAAAGUCACCAGAUGUAAUAUUAGUCCAUUCGACACACAUAUUCUCAUUUCUUUAAUCAUUCAUUCUAUAACCUUCAA